CGUGCGAGCGUAUGCAAAUUAGUACGUGCGCGCAUGCGCGCUGUUUUACGGCUGAAAUAGCUGGAUAUAUGUAAAAAGUACGUUUUUUGGAUCUUUUUUAAAACGGGGGCCACAUUUGGGCUACUCUCGCGUGUCCGUCACGUGAAACCGUUGAGAAUCGACGGGAGCUAACUCACUUUUAAGCCCUUGCUACAACCACAAAUUUAUGGUGUUGUGGAUACGGUACGAAGCCUCGUGAAGUUGAUGAAAUUAAAUGCACAAUUGUAAGCAUCGGAACGCUAAAAGAAAUUUUCAACAUCAACUAUGAAGUGGCAAAUGUUAUAUUGAUUAUAGAAAUGGUGAGAAACAGCAGCUUCUAUAUCUGACGAAAUAUUAUGAAGUAAAAGCUAAAGGAAUUAUGUUAAUUUGAAUAUUACAUGACAUUGGCAUCAAAGCAUCAGAUAACUCCAUCGAUAUUCAUCACUUAAAGAAUUCCAGUGAAAUAUUUCUUUUCAACUGAGAACAUUUCUUUUCUGAAAUGUUUGGAAUGUCUACAAGAUUAUUUUGUGUUGAAGUUAAACUUGGAUACUUUUAAAAGGAAUCUCAGAGUAUUUUCAGAUAUCAAGGAUUACAGUUGAUGGAAAGAGAGCAAUUGUUGUAGGACAAGAACAAAAACUGUAUCCACGUAUGUUGUGAUUGAAUUAAGAUAAGGGACACAUCAAUUAUAUAAGGGAGUUGGUUAUAUUUUUAUUGGGAAGAGAUGUCACAAAAGAAACCACAAUCAACAUAUCAGUGUAUUACCUGUAAAAAAACUUUCAGUCAGAAAGGUAAUCUAAAUAUUCACAUGCGUAUUCAUACAGGGGAGAAGCCAUUUCACUGCAAUGUUUGUGGUAAAUCAUUCUCUCAGGGACCUGUCUUAGCUGCCCACAUCCGUAUCCAUACAGGGGAGAAGCCAUUUCACUGCGAUGUUUGUGGUAAAUCAUUUACUACAAGUAGUAUUUUGACUACUCACACGCGCAUUCAUACAGGAGAGAAACCAUUUCACUGUGAUACUGGUAAAUUAUUCACUGUAAGCCGUGAUUUUACCAAACACAAUCAUAUUUGUACAGUGGAGAAGCCAUAUUGCUGUGACAUAUGUGGUAAAUCAUUCUCUAAAAAUUCUAGUUUAAAUAGACAUAAACGUAUUCAUACAGGUGAGAAGCCAUUUCCUUGUGAUAUCUGUGGUAAAUCAUUCUCUACAAGCAGUCAUUUAACUAAUCACAGACGUAUUCAUACAGGAGAAAAGCCAUUUCCGUGUGAUAUCUGUGGUAAAUCAUUCUCUACAAGCAGUCAUUUAACUAUACACAAAUAUAUUCAUACAGGGAAGAAACCCUUUCAAAAUAAUAGUGAUAAAUUAUUCACUGUAAGCAGUGAUUUUACCAAACGCAAUUGUAUUUGUACAGGGAAGAAGCCAUUUCACUGUGACAUAUGUGGUAAAUCAUUCUCUAACAAUUUUACUUUAAAUAGACACAAAAGUAUUCAUACAGGUGAGAAGCCAUUUCUGUGUGAUACCUGUGGUAAAUCAUUCUCUCAGGUAACUAGCUUAACUGUCCACAAACGUAUUCAUACAGGGGAGAAGCCAUUUCACUGCGAUAUUUGUGGUAAAUCAUUUACUACAAGUAGUACGUUGACUACUCACACAUACAUUCAUACAGGAGAGAAGCCAUUUCACUGCGAUAUUUGUGGUAAAUCAUUUACUACAAGUAGUACGUUGACUACUCACAUGCACAUUCAUACAGGAGAGAAGCCAUUUCACUGCGAUAUUUGUGGCAAAUCAUUCGCUCAGUUAAAUGGCUUAACUAUACACAAACGUAGUCAUACAGGGGAGUAACUCUAUCAAAGUAAUAGUCGUAAAUUAUUCACUGUAUGCAGUGAUUUUACUAAACACAACCAGAUUUGUACAGGGGAGAAGCCAUUUCACUGUGAUACCUGUGGUAAAUCAUUUUUCAGGUAAAUAGAAUAACUGUACGUAAACGUACUCAUACAGGGGAGAAGCCAUUUCAUUGUGAUGUUUGUGGUAAAUCAUUUACUGCAAGUAGUAACUUAACUACACACAAGAAUAUUCAUACAGGAGAGAAGCCCUUUCACUCUAAUAUCUGUGGUAAAUCAUUCCCUAGGAGAACUGUCUUAACUACUCACAAACGUAUUCAUACAGAGGAAAAGCCCUUUCGCUGUGAUGUCUGCGGUAAAUUAUUCACUGCAAGCUGUGAUUUUACUAAACACAGAUGCAUUCAUACAGGAGAGAAGCCAUUUCACUGUGAUAUUUGUGGCAGAUCAUUCUCUCAAGGAACAGCCUUAACUGUACACAAAUGUAUUCAUACAGGUGAGAAGCCGUAUCACUGUGAUGUUUGUGGUAAAUCGUUCUCUCAGAAGAUUAGCUUAGCUAUCUAUCUUGUCUAUCCAUACAAAAGUGUAUGUCAUUCCUAAAAUUCAUUGCAUCUCUCAGCAACCAACUAUUUAACAUCUUUUUCCAGAUAAAUCACAACUUAGCCCCGUGGUCUUAACAGCAAUCUUGAAAAACUUUCAUCACACUCAUCAUGUUUCUUUUUCUGAGGUUCCCUUUUCUAACCACAUUCUAUGUUUGUAGCCUCUUGCAACGUACAGAGAUAUGUUCUGUUUAUAUCCAGUUUCAUUCCAGUUUAUACUGUCAAAGUUUGUUCUAAAAUUCUUUGUCCUAUGUAACCUUAAAUAAAAAAUAAUUCAUAUAACCA